UUGGAGACAAAACUGUAAUACUAUGAGGCACAAGGGGAUGUAAGGCACAUAGGGGAUGUAAAUUAGGUGAAUGUGGAUCAAGCUAUUUCUUUGGACACAUCUUUGGAAAAUAUUCAGGAAAAUGUAGAAGUUUUCCUCUAAUCAUUAAUUACAAAUUCUCAAAAUUGUAGUUCGCCUAAAAUCGACAAAACGUUAAAGCAGGUGUUUCGUAAGGUGACAUAGUCUUAAAUUGCCCUCGAGCAAUCCUCCUUUGUGAAGUUUGUUCAAAAUAUGUACCUUUGUUCGGAUCUCAUUGAUCAUUACUGUAACAACCUUUGCACGCUACAUUCCCAUUAAGCUCAAAUAUAAAUAACACGGCAAUAAUAGAAACAGGCUCAUAUUUGAAUAUGCAAAUGUCUGCAUGACGUCAUGGACUUUUGGCAAGUACCACACGGCACCACCACUGUAAGAACUUCAUAAACUUAAAGUCGCCAACAAGAGACACUGCAGAAAAGUUGUUGAGGAUUAUGUUCUUUUCCCCACACUUGUAUACAAGAGUAGGUCUAAACUAGCUGCAGUCAUGGUAGACGACAACAACGAGGCUGAUGAUGGUCGAAGUCUUCGGGUUUUAUUGAAGAAUUUGAUGGGAAACACCAGCUCUCACGGCUUGCCCAAUAUCGACCGAGCAGCGAAUCCGUUUCGUCGUUUCUUUUGGUCCGUUCUUUUCACGUGGGCUCUGGGCAUGUUUCUAUGGCAAAGCUACGAGCUCAUCUAUGCCUAUUUCCAGUGGGAUGUAGAUGUCAACAUCGACAUUCAGUACAAGACCGAAAUUGACUUCCCCGCUGUCACAUUCUGCAAUCUCAACCCGGUGAAAGCUUCCCCCUUGGAGAAUAGCAGAAAACUGGAACUCUUACUCGGGCCUCCAGCCAGCGGCACCUCAUCGGUCGCCAGCACUGUGUCCGCAUCGAGCGAUCCAUCUGUGAGCGAGGCUCCAGGUAAGCCACCCGGGAGCUCCACGGCCGAGGCGAUGGUGGGAAGCACUACUUCGAGUUUGGCAAAAGAAUCACCGAUGACAGGAACAGAGGCAUCAGCCGUAAUUAGUGACCAACCGACCACAGGAGCAAACUCGGGCGGUGAGGAACUCACUACCGUGCCCACGGACUCCGGCCUCUCAAAGAACCCCGAAGGACAAGACACGAUGAUAACUGGUAAUUCUGCUACAAGUCCGACAGGGCUGGGGCCGACUGCGGGAAUCGGAGAGGCAUCGGGGGGAGCGACGGCUCCCUCUGGAGGGGGAGCUCAGGGAAAAGGAGCUGGACGGCGUAAGCGACAAACAAGUGAGGCAUCUGACAAGCGCUACCAGGAUUGGGACAACCUCGACUACACGGACAGGGAUGACGACAUGGAUCUUUUUGAUCAAGUAGCUGAUGCCAUAGCUCAGACUGAAUACGACGACCGACGGCUGUUUGGUCAUUCGGUUGACGACAUGCUACUGGCCUGUAGCUACAAGGGAUACCCUUGUGGACCAAAAAAUUUCACACUUUUCCACAACUAUUUGUAUGGCAAUUGCUACACCUUCAAUUCUGGCAUGGAUGGCGACAUUCAGACGUCCAGCAAAUCUGGUCCACUGUACGGUUUGGUUCUGGAGCUAAAUCUUGAGGAGACGGAAUACCUGACCUCCAUGCAGCAAGCUGCCGGGGUGCGAGUUGUCAUCGGUGAGCAGUACCACAUGCCAUUCCCUGAGGAUGCUGGUAUAAAUGUCGCCCCAGGAUUGCUGACAUCGAUAGGCAUCAGAAAGGUCGAGAUACAGCGGAAGGGCGAUCCGUACACGAACUGCACCGACGAAGACACGGAAGACACUGAGACUGUCUUCUCCAGUUUCUUCGGUGCAAAUUACAGCCUUGAGGCGUGUCAGAAGAAUUGUCUGUACGAGACGAUCUUUGAGACGUGCGGCUGUGCAGAUACGCGAUUCCACUUCUCCACCGACCGUGUGCCAUGCCUCUCAACCAACAUUUCCCAAAUCACAUGUAAGGAAGGCGUGGAGCGGCUAUAUGCGGAAGAUGAGAUAGAAUGUAAUUGCACUUCGCCAUGCCUGGAGUCUGAUUUCGAACUAACCGUGUCAUCAGCCGCUUGGCCGAACUCGCAAUACGCGGAAACUGUGUUGGAGAAUUUAAUGGAGAUAUCUGACGAUUUAAGAACUAAAGUGGGCAACGAUGCCAGCUUUGUGCAGAACAAUGUCCUGAAACUGCAGGUUUACUACGAGCGGCUCAAUUAUGAGUUGAUUUCUCAAGCUCCAAAAUACGAUGGAUUUGGGUUGAUCAGCAACCUGGGUGGUCAAGUCGGCCUCUGGAUCGGUAUCUCCAUGUGUACCGUCUUCGAGUUCGUCGAACUCAUCUACGACGUGUGCAAGAUUCUACUCUUCAAAAUCAUGUUCUGCAGUCACGCUAAGAGAGCAACAGCACCCUCUACGCUCGAUCUGAAACUGUACGACAAGCCCUCUGAAAAACCUGACCUUGGUUUGACUAAUUGACGAGGAUUUUGCUACGUAAUUACCAUGACAACAGUGGAUUGUAUCUAGAGAAGAGGCGCUUGAUACAAACUGUGGCUAUUGCUCUCAAGGUAUACAAGCUAACAAGCAAUAUGUGUGCGGGGUUUUGUCAUGACACCUGUUGUGUUCUGAGCCGCUAGUAACUAAUUGCUCUUCGUCCGUAUGACCUUUGAGUAAUGCAUGAUUGGUACCGGAGACAAAAUAAUAAUCAACUCCACUGUAACAAAGCCGUCCAAAAUAUGCAUAAUGCAUAAAGACACGGCUAGACCACCGUACCACAACACAAAACAUUUAAAUGGAUUUUUCAGAUAGAUGGAUACACAAAUGGAUGAAGGAAAUGUGACGUUGUAAAAACGCAGAAAAUAUGCAGAUUAUCCAAUUUGCAAGGGAAGAACAUGUUAUGUGCUGUUUUGUGUGGUUUUAAUGUUUUGAUGCACUUAAUAUUUUUGUAGUCACUCGUAGACCGGUUUGGUCGGUUAUUUUUUCUUGAAUGUGACUUAAAGGGUCCAUGAAAUAUGGUGCAUAUUUGUAGCAAAUUUCAAAUUCUCUGAAAUGUAUCAAAACUAGAAGACAUCUCUUCUUGGUAAAAGAUUUUGCAAAGUGCACUUUUAAACAUUUGCAAUGUUUCAUGCUUAGUUAGUGACAACUGCGGGCGCUGUUGCUGUGAUGUCACUUUAGGAACACACUCUAGGUAUUAGGGUUUUUCUUUUCAAACUGUAAAAACCCAAAAUUGUACUUAUUGAAUAUAUUUGGGCAGAUAUUUUUCUCAUAGUCUUACUGUCAUGUACUGAAACACCAAUGAAUUACUGAAACAAACAGAGAAAUAACCACAGCAACCCCCCGAAAUUAUGGUGACGUGUUAUGCUGAAGCAGAUGUGACACUGAAGUUACUGCCUUGAAUGACAUCACAGUUUUGCACAUGAAUAUGGAAAUUUGCAUCAGCAUAAAAACAGAACCAAAACCCUUUUGCAAUAGUAAUGUGAAGAUUUGUAAAGUUUGGGCGCAAAGGUACAUUUCAAGGAUUACAUUUUAGAAAUUUAAUUACAUGGACCCUUUGAAUAUGUAAAUGAAAUAAAUAAAUUGUCAUC